AUGUCGGGUGCCGAAGCCAUACUCGUUCUUGGCGUUAUUUCUUCAGUUGUCGCAAUUGUUGACGGGACGAAGCAAGUCUACGACGCGGCUUCGAAUGCACAAGGUCUGCCGGAAGCCUUUCGUGAGGUUGCGGGACGUCUUCCGAUUGUCAAAAAUAUCCUCGGCUCUGCAGAAAGGAAUAUUCGAGAUGGACAUGUGGAUGAAGCUGCGUGCAAGUCAAUGAAACCUUUGAUCGAUAGAUGCAAAGUGAGUGCUGAGACACUAGAUGGCAUAUUUCAGAAAGUUCUUCCGGCAGACGAUGCCACAAGAUGGGUUCGGUACGUCAGUGCUGCAAAGACACUGGGUAAAGGUGGAGGAGUGGAAACAUUGAUGAAAGGAUUGUUGGACGAUGUGCUGCUCAUCGCGAGUAAGCAUGGGAUGGAAACUGCCAGGGCGGACCAAGUCGAACAGCUCAAGAAGGCUAUCGAAGAACUAUCGGCAAUCAGUCAUUCGAUCCCUGACUCUGAGUUGGACGAAACCUCCAUCACAAACAACAAUUUUGGCAACGGGCCAAUGACAAACAAUAAUGUAUCAGGAAACCAAAAGUUUCAGGCAAACUUCGGAUCUGGAGAACAGUUCCAAGCUGAAUCUCAAGUUUUCCACAUGAACAAUGAGCAAAUAAAAGAGCCAAGGUACUAUGCGCAAGUGCAACAUUUUUCUCCGGCCUCUGCUGCUCCGAGGGAAUCGUACUUACAAAGAAAAAGUGAGGAAGAAAUACUGGCUCAUCUUGCAUUCGACGGCAUGCACGAAAGAUACGACGACAUUGCUGAGGCUCAUAAACAAACAUUCGGCUGGAUCUACAGGAAACCGGAACUGAAGUUUGUCGACUGGCUGAAGGCCGGAAAGGGUAUUUAUUGGAUAUCCGGCAAAGCUGGUUGUGGUAAAUCAACUUUGAUGAAGUUUCUCUUCGCAGAUCCCAGGACCAUUGAAAGUCUUCCCGAGGACAUCGAAAAUACUUUAAUUUCUGGAUUUUUCUUUCAUGACCGCAGGGAAAAUCCGCUUCUUAAGUCUCAGGAAGGACUUUUCCGAGCCAUUAUUUUCAGCAUUUUGUACAAAUACCGCCAAUUGAUACCUAUCACACUGCCUAAACGAUGGGAGACAGCGAGAGAUAAUAUCUCAGCGGGUAUGGGUACAUUAGAGAUGCGAAGAUGGUCAAUUGUGGAGCUGAAAGAAACUUUUAAGUCGAUUAUCUCUCAAACUCGGUUGCGCCUACAUUUGUUUUUCAUAAUCGACGGGCUUGACGAAUUCUCGGGUCGGGAUCAGGAUAUCAUCGAUGUAUUAAAAAGUCUACUCCCGGCGUCGAACGAUUCCUUAGUCCGUGUUCAAUUAUGCGUGUCGAGCCGCCCGCACUUAGCGUUCGAGCAGUCGUACUUGCAGUCUUUACAUAUCAAAGUCCAGGAUUUGACGGCAGACGACAUAAAGAUAUAUGUAGAAACAAAAUUCAGCGACGUUCGGCAACUCAGAGAGCUUUUGAACGACGACCCAUUCACCACAAAACUCCUUAUCAAAGAAAUACUGUCAAAAGCGGAAGGUGUCUUCCUAUGGGUAACUUUAGUCGUAACAUCUCUUGUCGACAGUUUGAAUAGCGGUGAUGAUUUGAAAACCCUCCAAGCUCGUCUAUCAUUCCUGCCUGCUGGUCUUGCGCCAUUGUAUAAGCAUAUGCUAGAGCAGAUCGACCCAUUUUACCAUAGGCAUGCAGGCCAGAUGUUUCGCAUUGUUCAAACCGCCGUCAAACCACUUUCUCCACUUGCAAUGUCCUUCGCUGAGGACGACCCAAGGGAGGCAUUGUCAAAAGGAAGCAUUCUCUCUGGGACGGAUAUUGCGGAGCGGCAUAUAAAAGUCGCAAAGAGGCUUAAAGCCCGUACGGCUGGUCUCAUUGAGGUUCGUCUAAUAGAGCGCGAUCCAAGUGAAAAUCAGUUUCGCUCUCAAGAUGAUGCUUCCUUGAAAUUGAAAUACGAACAAUUGGUGGAAACACCUUGGAAAACGUCUAGAGUUCAGUACCUACAUUUGACAGUCAAGGAAUUCCUUUGCUCGGAUCGUGUGCCAGUUUGGUUAGCAAACCAGAUGUUACUAACAGCUGCCGCUCACAUUGACAUUAUUGUAUGCUGUUUGCGUCAAUUUUGUACCACCAGAUCACUUCACCUCUCGAACUAUAACCAUACCAACACUAGCUUAUUCCAUAAGCUUGGAACCUAUUUCUCGUCAAUGCGUGAAGGGAUUAUCUUUGUAAUGAUGUUCCACGCACGUGAAGCCGAACGGCUCACUGGAACGUCGCAGCUCGCAUAUCUUGAAGUACUUGACAGUUUGAUUACAGAAAUUUGUGCUACUGAAAUUGGAGAAUGGAAGCAUUGGCAUUGGCAUUGGACACUCCCGCGAUACGGCGAUUGGUCCGAGCCAACCGGGUGGCAGAGUGACUAUAUCGCAUACCUGACAGCUGUUGGUAUGACUCGGUCUGUCAUCGACAAGUUCGAACGUGGCUAUAACCCUGUGAAGAAGCGAGGGCGACCUCUGCUUCUCUACGCGACCUGUAAUCUGGCUCCAGAUUUUUAUUAUGAUGAUUUCGAAAGAGACGCAUUCGAUCCAAUUAUAGUAGAACACCUUUUAAAGAGGGGAUGCGAUCCAAAUCAACUAUUCACUUCCGAACAUGUGGACGAUGUCCGUGAUGAGGGAACAAGGACGGCUUGGGAAUCUGUGCUCCUCCAAGUCUACCUGCGUUUCUGCGGUGACUGGCCACACAGUAGAGGUGUUGAUCAUUACGUCUCUGAUUUUGAUCAACAUCGAGAAUUUAUGCGAGAGCUCAAGCUUCGGUGGUUGAAGAUAAUCGAACUCUUCCUACGUUACGGGGCGAAUGCAGCGCAGUCGGUCUACCACGAAGUUCGUAGAAGACAUUCACGAACUGCUACCAAAAGAUCGGGACUUUUCAUAUUCAACAAAGUGUUUGCUGAUUUCGACGAUCCUCUGGUAAUAUUAAUACGCAAACAAAUGAUUGCUAAAGGCGCCACCGAAUUUGAAAAAGACAUGUUAGAAUCCAAGAGCAAGUUACGCCAUAUACCCGUGUUUGGAAAAGCGCUAGCUGCCCGGCGAGACGAGAAGAGGAAAUGA